AAGCCUUGAUCCAUGAACAUAUUUGGGCUGGGGAUGAUCCUUUAAAAAUAUAGGCCGGCGGAUCACAAUAUCUUCAUCAUGAUAUCGAUGGAAGAUUUGAAUUCCAUAAAAUAUUAAACCAAAAAAAAUUGACACACCAACAUAAACUCAACAGAUUCAGAUACUCGGAUAUGCGAGGAUAGAAAACUCUCUGUUCUUGUGACACCUAAAAAAAAGUAAAUUUAGCCUCACAAAAAAAAUUGUAUGUCUACCCUUGCCGCGUGCUUCCGGCCCUUUGGAGGAUGAGCCGUCCGUUCGGCCCGACGGUUAACCAUACGAUCGGCGGCCACGAUUAAUCGGGGCGACGUGGCACGGAGCAGAGAAUGGAUAAGACAAACGCCAUCGUCCUAUCCCACUCUCUGCUCUCGCGCAGGCAGCCGAGCCUCUCCACCGUCCGUCCAUGGCUUCUCGAGCCCUCGCCGCUCUGUCCAUCCAGCCGCAGCUCGGCCGGCCGGCCAUCCGCGUCAGCGCCAGGCCGGCCGGGCGCGGGCGUCGGCGGCGGUCCAUCAUGGUGGUGCGGGCAGGCGGGCCGCCGAGCACCAACGUGCUCAUCCUCGCCUUCGUGCUCCCGCUCUCGCUCUUCGUCGGCACCCUCGUCGCCGCCGCCCGCGUCGCCGACGACCUCGACGAGCGGUUCCUCCAGGAGAUGGAGAUCAACAAGGCGAUACUGGAGGAGAACGAGGCAUCUUCCGAGGAGGCGGCAGACGGCGGCGGAGAGUUCGUCGUCGACGGAGACGAGGCCCCGUUGCCGGCGGCGGAGAAGGAGCAGGUCCUUGUCACGGCCACCGGCGCGCGCGCCAGGAACAGGCCCAAGAGGGAAGUGUAUUAGCUAGGUAGCUAGAUUUGCACGGACAAAAUUGCUUUGCUAUCUUUGAGAUGUGUGCCCGUCGAUCAGCUUGUAAAUCUUUUGCAAAUGCUUCAGUCUGAUUGAUAACAUAAUAUGCAAGUUAUUGCACAAUCGAAUACAUACCCAAGGUGGGCGAAGAACCAAGCAAUGUAAUUUUGAGGUAUAUGUACUCCAAAGAGCUGAAGCGCUUCAGAGCUAUUUUUCAGAAA